UCUACUAAAAAUUAAAGAUACCUAGUUGGCGUGUGAAUUAGUCAGUUUUGAACCUGGAGUGAUCAAAGCUGGUAUUUCCGUUGAACUUCAAGUCUUUGAUGAUUAAUUUUUCUUGAAGUCCUUGACGCCUAAAUGCUCGAGACCUUCAUUUCAUAGUCUUAUUAUUGUUCCAUUUGUUCUUUAUCCGACGAUUGGUUGAUUGGAUGAAUCUUAUAGCUCUCGUGUCAUCUUGGUGAAAUUUUUUAUUGUAUGAGCUCUAUUUCCUUUUUUUGAAAAAAAAAAAUUUAUUGUCAGAAAUGUAAUGUCAAAAUUCAUAUAUUAAUACAAUUUUAUUAAGAGUGCUACGAUUUAUAAACAAAUAACAAUAGAAUUGAAAUUCUAAUAAUCAUUACAAAUGUAGCUCCCACUAUCCCCUACUUUUCUUAAAAGAAAAAAAUCAUAAUAUUGAAAAAACAUUAUUAGAAUAAAAUUUAAAGCAGGGUCUUCUUAGAAUGCACUAUUUAUACGUGGUAAUAAACAGCCUGUUUAAUUAUACAAAUUCAUAAAUUAUGUAGAAGCAGAGACCCAUGCAUGCAUAACAGCAUAACCCCACUCCACACGUAACUACGUGGGAAGCUCCCUUCACCUGAAACGAAAAAAAGCCUUCCACAAAUUUCAUCCCAUCAUUUAAUGUCUUUUCUUUAUUUCUCUAUAUAUACAAUUCCACUCAGCACUUACUAAUUAGCACAUUUCAAUACACACACACUAUAGUACUAAACAACUCCGUAUUAACUACAUGGAAAACAAUCAUGCUAGUCAACGAGAACAGAGCUAUUCCGUUGACCAAGUAUCUUACAGAGGAGUUCGCCGGAGGAAAUGGGGCAAAUGGGUAUCGGAGAUCCGGGAGCCCGGUAAGAAAACCAGGAUUUGGCUCGGGAGCUACGAGACGGCCGAGAUGGCUGCAGCCGCUUACGAUUCCGCAGCUAUUUACCUCCGAGGACGUGGGACAUAUCUCAACUUUCCGGAGCACGCUGGCAGUUUUCCUCGGCCGGAAAGCUUUAGCUCCGAGCACGUUCAAGUGGCUGCUCGAGAGGCAGCACUAAUGUUUAAACCGGGUGUGUCGUUUGCGGAACACGCUAUUGGGUCUGGCCAGGGACCUUCGCGGGUAGGAUUGUCUCCAGAUCAGAUUCAGGCUAUCAUUGACUUUCCAAUGGACUCACCAAGAAUGGGGUGGAUGCAAGAUCUGGAGGUGAAUGAUUACGAGGAGUUGUACGGACGGUGUUGUGGACAGUGCGAUGGAGACGAAUUUUCUGAAAUACAGCCGCUUCAAUCUAUAUGGGAUUUUUAACUAAACUUAGGGGGUGUAUGUUGGAGCUAAAUUUAUAAUGAUGGUUAGAAUUCUAAAAUUUUAUAGCUUUUGGUUAAUGAAUUCUAACAUUCUUAUAUAAUUAAAUCAAAUAUUAUUGGUUUCAUGAUUUAAAAAGUUUGGAUUUUAAUGAUUUUGCUAGAUUUUGACCCGCGCUUCCAAAACGUGAGUUUUGUUUGGGUUAUAAAUAAAGAUGAAGAUGAAUUAGCUAGUAUUUUAGGUAUUUUUCGUCUUUCGUCUUUUCGGAUACUUUAAAUCUUUUUUUGCUCCUAAAUAUCCGAACUGAGCUAGACUAUUACAUACCCAAAUAACAUGUAUUUUAGGGUUAUUUAAAUUAUGGACUCGAACUGACUCGAUUCCAAAAGGAACCAAACUGAACCAUAACCGAAAAUAUUUCAAAUACCUAAUUGGAUCCAAAUAUCGAGGACUCGAAGAAUUCAGAUUAAAAAAAAACAAAUUACCCAACCUAAACCGAAAACCGGAUGAGUAUUCUAAGAUAUCCAGAAUGUAAAUAUAUAUUAGUUAUAUUUUAAAAUUAGGCCGGUUUAGGUACUACAAACAUGACAAACAUGUUUCAGAUAUAUUAGUUAUUUGGUUAUUUUCAGGUUCAUAUACAUUAGAACCGAACAUAUCCGUAUCUGGGAGGACCGACUCGAACCCUACCCAAAAACGCAAAACUCUGAUACCCUAAAGAACUGACUCGUACCCAAAUGGUACCCAAAUGCUCAUUCAUACACUUAGGCCUGGACGUUUGGGUCUUUGGGUUGGGUUUAGUCCAACUUUUUUUGGGUCUCGAUCCUUCGGAUCCUAGAAAUUUAGAUCCAAUAGGUAUUCGUAAAUUUUUUUUGGGUUUGGGUCGGUUCUUCUUGGAUUCGGUUAUGUUUUUCUCAGGUUUGGGUUGGUUCGGGUCUAUAAUUAAAAUAUCUGUACAAUACUCUGAAUUUUCGGAUCCAUAUUGAAUUCAUGUAUAUUCGGAUCUUAAAAGUACAUGAUAUACCCAAACACUGUAAA